CCCCACCUCCCCACCCCUCAUCUCCUCCCCUUAAUUUCCUUUCAUCAUUUCUCUGAACUACCACUUCCUUUUAAUUCUUGUUUCUCCUUCAAGCCAAUCCCCUUUUCUUUGCUUUUCCCAUGGCGUAAACUUAUCUGGGUUAUUUACAUCACCUUAACGUGGUUAACGUCAGAAGUGUUAAAGAUGGGAAACUGUCAAGCAGCUGAAGCAGCAACCGUGGUGAUUCAACAUCCAGGGAACAAGAUCGAGAGGAUUUACUGGUCUGUUAGUGCUAAUGAAGUCAUGAGUACAAAUCCAGGCCAUUACGUUGCACUUGUGGUAACCUCACCAACGUUAAAGAAUGAAAAUGGCAUGCCAUUGAAGCAGCUCAAGCUCUUAAAACCUGAUGACACUUUGAUAAUGGGCCAAGUUUAUCGACUCAUUAGCUUUGAAGAUGUUUUGAAAGAGUUUGCCGCAAAGAAGUCCGUGAAGCUUGGGAAAUUGUUGAAAGAAAGAGGCCUUGGGCUCGGGAUGGACUUGAAGAGAAAGGAUUUGGCAGCUGCUUCCAAUCUGAAUCCAAAGCUUAACUCGAAAACUGAGAACUGCAGUUCUGUUAAGGUGGAGCAGGAGGUUAAUAGACUGGGAAGCAGCGGUGGCAGCAGCGGCAGCAGUAGGUUCAUGGGAAGGCAUCAUGGUGGUGGUGGUGGGGGGCAAUGGAGGCCAGCCUUGCAGAGCAUUGCAGAGAUUGGAACUUGAACGCACUAGCUACUCCUCUUACCAGGACUGCUCCCCCGUCAUUCCCUCCUCCACCACCCCACCCCCACCAAUAAAAAGCAAACAACUACAUAACCCAUCCUUUCUCCCUUUCCAAUACGUUUAUAUUCUCUUUUUCUUUGGUUCUCUGCAGAUGCUACAAUGUUCUAUAUUUUGAGUAUUAGUUUCCACUAGAUUUAGAGGCUAGGGUUUGUGUUAGGUGUAAAACCAUUUGGACACUCAGAUCAUAAAUGUAAUGAGCAUUUCUUAUCA